AUGCCUUUCACAAGUUCCCAUUCUAUGCUAGCCGGCGGGUGUGCUGCGCUGGCUCUUUCAUAUCUCAUCCUACGCACUAUUUACAACAUCUUCUUCCACCCCCUAGCCAAGAUCCCAGGCCCCAAACUCGCUGGGGCGACCUCUUUAUGGCUUUUCUACUCCGACUUCAAGGGCCCAGUAGUCAGAAUCUCACCAGACGAGGUCUCCAUCCACGACAUCGACAUCUUCCACAAAGAAAUCUACUCCCAAAACACAAAGUUUCAAAAGUCAAAGUACUACUACCACGCCUUCCACAGCCCGGACUCGAGCGUCUUCUCGGAGACCAACAAGGAGGUCCACGCAAAGGAGAAGCGCCUCAUGUCCCACGCCUUCUCCCGCGCCAACCUCGCCGGCUACCAGAAGAACAUGUACGAGAACGUGGCUGCGUGGGUGAAGCAGUUGCGGAGCUAUGCGGAGGCAGGUCGUGUCAUUCCCUUGUGGCAUGCAACACAGUGCCUUACCCUCGACACCGUCUCUGGCUUCAGUUUUGGAUCCAAGGCCGGGGCGCUUGAGUCGGAGGACUUCCAUCACCCCUUGUUCGUCGGUUUCGAGACUUUCGCGCCGCUGGUGGUGCUCUUCCAGCAGUUCCCGCUCCUGCAGCCCAUCUUUGGCGUGGUUCAGAAGUUCAUGUCCUUCGGAUUUGGACCAAUUCACCAAGGAGCGGAGAAGGCGCUCGACCGUCUCAAGGAGAAGAAGGAGCAACAGGAAGAGGAGUCUGGGAUGAUCAUGUUCGACAGCAUGGUUGCCCGCGCUGAGAGCAACGGUAUUCACAUUACACCGCAACGCUUGGUGCAGAACGGGAGUUUGAUGCUCGGCGCUGGCACGGGAACAACUGCUUUAGUCCUGACCACCGCCAUUUACCACCUCAACGAGCAGCCUGACCUGUGGAGCAACCUCCAGACAGAGUUACUCAGCAACUUCCCUGAUUCUCUUGAUGAGCAGCCGGAUAUUGUACAACUGGAGAAGAUCCCCCUUCUGGAAGCAUGCAUUAAAGAGGCCAUGAGGAUUAGCAUUCCAAUCAGGGGCAGAUGGCCUCGUGAGGUGCCCAAGGGAGGCCUCAACACCCACGGGUGUUACCUUCCUGAAGGCUACAAUGUCUGCUCCUCGGCUUCGUUCUACUGCAACGACGCAACUGUCUUCCCGGAACCCGAAGAAUUCAAGCCAGAGCGCUGGAUUGACGCUGGGAAUGCCCACGACAUGCAGCGCAACCUCGUCGUGUUUUCUCACGGGUCUAGGGCUUGCAUCGGACAAAACUUUGCCCAAAUCGAAUUGAAGAUUGCCUUGAGUCAGAUUGUGAUGAACCUGAACCCCGGGAGAACAGUCGACCAGGGACUCGAGUUUCACGCGCACAGCAUCACCUCACCAGACGGGCUAGCUCGUGUUGUGCUUGAAAUCCCCAAAUAA